AUGGAUAUUGUGAAGAGAUUGGUUGAGCCAAUCAAGGGAACUCACAGGAACGUAACUACGGACAACUACUACAGUAGUUACCCUGUAGCCCAGCAUCUUUUACAAAAUGGGCAAACGUUCAUUGGAACAUCGAAAAAGAACAAGAAGGAAAUUCCUCCAGAAUUUUUGCCCAACAGAUCGCGAGAAAUUGGAAAUUGUCUUUUCGGAUUACAAAAUGACUUCUGUCUUGUUUCGUGCCAAACAAAAAGGAACAAGGCUGUACUUUUCCUGUCACCAAUGCAUGAAACUGCUGAAAUCGACACCGCUACAGGCAAGCCUGUUGUAAAUUUGGACUACAAUGCAACAAAAGGUGGAGUCGAUACUGUGGAUUAUAUAUGUACAUCCUACUCUACAUGA